AUGGAGCCCGGAGCGGCCGGCGACUGCAGGCCCGCCAAGCCGGGGCCUUGCGUGAGCGGCGCGGCCCUGGAGGCCUCAGCCGAGCCGGGGAGCCGCAUGCCGACCGUGGCGGCCGUCCUGCCGGCCGGGGGCUGCGGAGAGAGGAUGGGCGUCCGCACCCCGAAGCAGUUCUGCCCGAUUCUGGAGCGGCCGCUCAUCAGCUACACCCUGCAGGCCCUGGAGAGGGCGCGUUGGGUAAAGGACAUCGUUGUGGUGGUGACGGCAGAGAAUCAGGGAGCUAUGGAGAGCAUCAUACGGAAGUACCGGCACGCUCGCGUCUCGUUGGCGGAGGCUGGGGUGACUCGGCACAGGUCCAUCUUCAAUGGGCUCAAAGCCCUGGUGGGCGACAAGCCUGGCUGUGAACUCUCCAAGCCGGAAGUGGUGAUCAUCCAUGACGCCGUCAGGCCAUUCAUGGACGAAGAUGUCCUGCUUCAAGUUGUCCUGGCUGCGAAGGAACAUGGGGCGGCAGGAGCCAUGCGACCCCUGGUCUCCACCGUCAUCCGUGCCUCCGCGGAUGGGUGCCUGGACCACUCGCUGGAGCGCGCUGCACACCGAGCCAGUGAGAUGCCGCAGGCGUUUCGGUUUGAUGUGAUCUACAAAGCCUACCAGCAGUGUAGCGAGUAUGACUUGGACUUUGGCACUGAGUGCUUGCAACUGGCCCUCAAGUAUUGUGACACAAAAGCCAAGCUCGUGGAGGGAUCACCUGAUCUCUGGAAGGUGACCUACAGGCGGGAUCUGUCGGCCGCCGAGUCCAUCAUCAAGGAGAGAAUUUCACAAGAGAUCUGCCUAGUUAUGGACACAAAAGAGGAGACAGCACAUGAGGGGCAUGUUCUUGAAGAAGUGUUAAAAAAGGAAUUAAGUAAUGUGAAAAUCAUGUCUGGUGCUAUGAGUCAUGGAAACCAAGAUAUUCAACAGUUCAUUUUCGCACAAUGCUACAAUUAUGUUUGUUUGAAUAGUAGAAACGCUGAUUUUCAUGAGACCCAGCAGUUACUGAAGAUGCUGCAGGACAGUAACCUUUCCAUUUUAUAUCCUGUUGUUGUUGUGUCGGUGUACUUUCUUGAUUGUCAAGCGGUACCUCUCAGUCAGAAACUGGAAAGCCUGAUGUGGAUUAGGGAGCUGGCAAAAGAACUGAAAAACAGAAAUAUUUUAUUGUCUUGCCUUCUUAUUUGUUACCCACAGGACGAGCAGAAGCUACAGGAGAAUUUAAAACAAGCUGCCAUCAUCAUCACUGCAUUAAUCAAAGACAGAAACCCCGGGCUGGUUGGACAGCUGCUGGUAGCGUGAAGAAAACGGCAAGGCCAGCCAGGCAUCUGCUGUGCUCGCCCGUACCCUGGCCAAGGCUGGCGGAGAGUCUUCCAUUUCUCCUUGUGUUAGGAUAUGCUACUCAGGUCAUAGACCUGCGUCUGUGUCCUGAGCACUGGCCUAUGUGUCAAAUAGACCAGAGUGGAAAAUAAAUACUUCAAGAUGCAAACAGUGGUGAGAAGCCAGGUCUGCCCGGAAUGAAGAUCUGGAAAACUUGACCUGUUACCUUCAUUUGAUAGAUGAGGCUACAAUGGAGCCAGUGGAUGAACUACUCUGCAUUCUAAAAUUGUCCUCCCUACCCCUCCCCCAGUGCGAUAUCUGUCCUGUUGUUUUGUUCUGAACUUUCCCCCACCUUGAAAUCCCUGAUAAGGAUAACAGGAAAUGGAACUCUUUCAAAUAGCCUCACCCUUGGCCAAGUUACUCUGGAUUCCUAAUGCAAAUAUAGUCUUCUUUUUAAGAUAUAAGUAUGUCUUGGACCAUUUAUGAAAUUCAAUUUUGCCUAAUUUCAAAGGGUCUCUGAUUUUUCUGAGUAACUUUUGUAAACAUCUGGAAGGCUUGGUAAUUGUUGUUCUAAUCAAUGCCUGUUUAGUUGGUUAUAAGGCUAUAAGCCCUGGAAAUUUCAUUGCCCAACACAAAGUUAAAUUACUCUUUUACAGGUA